AAUGGGAUCAUCAAGUAGUUGCAAGUAAAUGUAAUAAUGCUAAGAAAAAGAGAUCCAUGCUGGUUCAAUUCUCAAUUCUAUUACUAUAAAUGCUAUAGUUGAAUCUUCUGAGUGUAUCCCUUAAGAAGCUAGAACGAUUUAGUUGUACAAAUCUUAAAAGUCAAUCUUAAAUUCAAAAGAAACUGAAUUUGAUAAAAAAAUAUCACAACUUGGAAGGGCUGAUCAUAUUUAAUAUUAAAUGCCCUCUAUUAAAGUGUUAGAUUCAAUGGGAAACAAUUUGUUAAAUCAAUAAAGCUAUGCACCACCAGAAAUAAGAUAAUAAUACUGUUCUCAUUGUCAUUAAGUAAAUGAAUCAAUGUAGAAUUAUACAUUAGAAUGUUUAGAUUUAUUUCAUUAACCCUGUUUAAUCUCAUAUAUUAAAAAUUAAAUUACAAAUGGGAAUUGUACUUUACUUUGUGUAUGUCAAGAAAAGAUUCAUACUAAACAUUUAAGAUCAUUAAUAACUGAUGAAAACUUAAUUUCAAAGUUUUUCUCCAAUCAACUUGGAACAUUAUAAUAGAAACAUUAAGAUUUAUUACAUUUCUCAAAGAAUGAAAUUAACUAAAGAGAAUGCUGUUUUUAUUGCAAAAAAUUGAUAAUAAGUUAGAAAAUUUAACUCAAAUGUAAACACAGUAUUCACAAAUAUUGUCUUAAAGAAUAUUGUACUAAAUAAAUAGAUUUAGAUAAAACAUAUUUAAUUUGUUUUUGUGGAGCUUAAGUUAGUACUUAAUUGCUUAGAUAAUUUAAGGGCGAUUCGUUUAAACUUAUAUUGUCAAAAUUAUUUAAAAAUUAACUAGUGGAACUUUAUAACACUAAUAAAUUUCUAUAAAAUAAAUUUCAUUUCAAAUAGUUUAUUAAAGCAGUAAACUAUUCUGAAGAAUAAAAAUAAUCAUCAUAUUCAAUGCAUAUAUAAUGA